UUCAAACUGCACGACUCUGCCUGGCUGCUCUGAAUCCCACUCGUCGGCGUCCCGGACCCCGAGCUGGGAUGCCAGAGUCUCCUCUCGGUCCGCCGACAGCCCGUCAGACCGCGGCCAGCAGCCCGCUCAGUCACGCCGACGCGGCUGCAGCGGCGACAGCAGCUAAUGGGGACUCCUGCGGUGGAGUGAGUGCAGGAAACUGGCAGUGUCUUCACCACCAGCAGGUUUUUCUGGCUAUGAUGGCUCCUCGGCAGAUGCAGCAGCUGCUGUCCCCCGACCAGCUGCAGGCUCUGAUCCAGCAGAAGCAACAAGCCCUUCUCCUGCAGCAGCAACAUCUGAAAGAGUUUUACAAGAAGCACCAGCAACAGAUUCAUCUGCAGCUGCUUCAACAAAAGUGCGGCAAGAGAGCCAAAGAGCUCCCUGCGCAGCAGCUCGUCUUCCAGCAGCUCCUGCGGCUGCAGCAGCAACAGCAGCAGCUCCUCCGGCUGCAGAGGCCUCCGCUGCCCUCCCCGGCCCUCGCUCCAGCUGGUUUCGGCCCUGCGGAGAUGCAGCAGACGUGGGAAGAGCUCACCGGGGGGACGACUGGAGACAAAGCCGCGCCUUCCUGCCACGACCCGGGGAGGCCGAGCGGGGACCAGCGGCCGCCUUCUCCUCACGGGUCUCCUCACGGGUCUCCUCACGGCGCCGUCAAAGGCGCGCGCGCCCCCACGCGCGCGCUCUACGCCCACGGCGUGUGUAACUGGCCCGGAUGUGAGUCUGCGUGUGGAACCUUCAGCCAGUUCGUCCGGCACAUCAGCAGCGAGCACGCUCUGGAUGACAGAAGCACCGCGCAGUGCAGAGUCCAGAUGCAGGUGGUCCAGCAGCUCGGGCUGCAGCUCUGCAAAGAACGGGAGCGUCUGCGGGCGAUGAUGGCUCACCUGCACCUGCCCCCCCUGGAGUCCCAGGCGACCUCUGCACCUCUACAGCCGCCACAGUCAGAACCGCCCGCUGACCUGCACAGUCUUCAGUUCGGCUCAGUCGCCGCCCCCGCUGCACCCCCUUCCUCGCCGAGUCCACCGGACUCGCCCCGGGUGUCCCCGCGGGGCCCGGCCGCCGUCGGCACUCCGUCCCCGGUGUGCGGAGGAGAGUCCCCCGGCCACGGGACGUGCGCCGCGGUGGCCGCACGGAGCCGCCGCCGCCACCCUCUGGUCUACACGCUGGCUUCAGAGAAUGAAUGCGAGCUUUACAAGAACGACGACAUCAGACCACCUUUCACCUACGCGACGCUCAUAAGACAGGCUAUAAUGGAAACCUCAGAGAUGCAACUAACACUCAACGAGAUAUACAACUGGUUCACACGAACAUUUGCUUAUUUCAGACGCAACGCUGCCACUUGGAAGAACGCCGUGCGUCACAACCUGAGCCUGCACAAGUGCUUUGUGCGCGUGGAGAACGUGAAAGGCGCCGUGUGGACGGUGGACGAGGUGGAGUACCAGAGGAGGAGGUCCCAGAGGGUCACGGGGAGCCCGACGCAGAGGAAAAACGUCUCGUCCAGCCUCGACCUUGGGACCUUUCAGAAGGGCAGUUCACAGACGGCGUCGGCUGAGGCGUCACUGCCGGGAGGGCCGGAGAAAGGGCGCGUCGAUGGAAACGCCGAGAGGCGACUACGGGAGAGCAACGCGGCGGGCGUCUCCCCGGCGUGUCUUUUUGCCCAAGCGCUGACUCUCGAUGGAGAAGAACCGGUGAUGGCGAAAGAGGACAAACGGCGCUUGUUUGACCUCGAAUGAGCGGAGACGGGCUUCACGGUCCUUCUCUGAACCUUCAGGGAUGAAGACCAUCGUGACUUCAUCUCAAUGUGCAGCGUUUGGAGGUGAUUAUCUUUAUCUGGAUCGAAAACACACCAAAAUGUACAUAAUCUAAAUGGUGUUUAUAUGUUUCAUAUAUUCAUACACAUGAAAAAGUGAUUUUGUCUGAAAAAAGAUAAUUCAACUUGAAAGAGAAGAAAGUACAAUGUGGCUUCAACUCUCGUUGCGUUGGCUCAUCGAUUGAUAAUGAUCUGCUUUUCUCAUUUUGAAAAUAAAUACAUUUUAAAUAUGCGAUAGAAGGACUCAGAUUUGUUACAGUAAUUAGGACAUAUUAUUUGUAUUUAAAGCCCUGCAGUUGCUCUCAUGUGAACCCUCUUUAUAAAAACGUUAUAUUUUUUACGGAUGGGAGCCAAGCAUCAAGUGUUAUUAAAAGGGAGUAAACACCUUUAACAAAAAAAAAAAGAGCUGCAAUACGAGUUUGGAGAAAAUUGGGAAUUUCUUACCAUGAACAAAAUGAUGCAAUCCAAAGGACAAAGUAGAGAUACAUUAGUCAUAGUAUGACAUAGAGAAUGAAUGAGUGCAUGUUAAAGCAAAGAGAGCCAUGUUACUUAAGAAGGAAGUGAAGUAAAUCCACCUUGUGCGUUUCCUGUAUCUCCGUUUCUGAAAAUAAUGUAUUGAAUACAGCAUUGUUUCCACUGAAAUAAAGAACUCACACGUUCCACUUUUAUAAUGUUUUGAGUAUUUACAAUAGAUGCUUGUGCACAUACAAAUAUCUGUAUUUAUAAAAACGUGUCAGUAAUUAGUUGUCCAAAGUGUCUGAUUGCAACAGAAUAAAUAUACGUA